AUGCAACAAGCCUUAAACCAUAGAUUAAGCAGCAUGGAAAGAACUGGAACUCCAUUGAACACAAGACCAGCAUCGCCUUACACAAGCAUACCAACAGUAGCCUCUGAUGGUCUUUCAUGGCCAAGUAAAGGUGCUAGAACUAGAGCACAUGAAACCGAAGAAGAAGAGAAACAACGGACUGGCAGAAUUGCCGAUGCGGUGAAGGUUAUUCUUGAAGAAUUGGGUGAAGAUGUUACCAGAGAAGGCUUACUGGACACACCACAGAGGUAUGCCAAGGCCAUGCUUUUCUUUACCAAAGGUUAUCAAACGAAUAUAAUGGACGAUGUGAUCAACAAUGCUGUAUUCGAAGAAGACCAUGACGAAAUGGUCAUUGUCCGUGACAUUGAAAUAUACUCUCUGUGUGAACACCACUUAGUUCCAUUCUUUGGCAAAGUACACAUUGGUUACAUCCCAAACAAGAAAGUCAUCGGUCUAAGUAAACUUGCCAGACUUGCUGAGAUGUAUGCAAGAAGAUUACAAGUACAGGAAAGAUUAACCAAACAGAUUGCAAUGGCUUUGAGUGAGAUACUGAAACCACUUGGUGUUGCUGUGGUGAUUGAAGCCAGUCACAUGUGUAUGGUCUCAAGAGGUGUGCAGAAAACUGGUUCAUCUACCAUGACAUCCUGCAUGAUGGGGUGUUUCAGAUCACAUAAAACAAGAGAAGAGUUUCUAACAUUGUUGGGAAGACGCUCAAUAUAA